UUUUAUUAUUAAUUAUUGUUAUUAAUUAAUUAUAGUUAAUUUUCCAAACAGCUGGGGCAAUGCCAGCCUGAGCAAAAGCACCCGGUGCAAGGGGACGGGUUGCUCACCGGCACGCGGAGGCGGGGAUGCACGGAGGCAGCAGAUGUGCAGGCUGUGCGUGCGUACGGGGAUUGCACACUUGCAGGGUGUCCGUGCCCACAGGGUGUACGUGCGUGCAGGGUGUGCAUGCAGCGGGGCGUGCAGCGCCGUGCACGCAACCCGUGUGUGUGGGUGGGAGGAAGCCCUCGGGCAGGAUCAGGCCAUGGUCAUGCCUGUAAAUAACCCCCGGCUGGGGACAGCCAGCCGAGGCCACGUCCCAGUGCCUGGCAAGGCCUGGGGCUCAUCCUGCACCCCUGGGCGUCUUCUUACAGGGGUCACACUAUGAGGGGCUGGAUGAGGCCCACCAGGCAGCAGAUGGAGCUGGGGCUGCCCAUUGCUUCCCCGGCUGAGACGAGCCGAAAUCCCGUACCGAGCGAGGUGCCGUGCCCAGAGCCACAGCCCCAUCUCCCUGCGGACCACCCGGGGAACCGGGCUCUGCCGGGGGUCGGAUGCUGCCGUUGGGGGCCGGGAGGGGACACGCUCAUCACCAACAGCACCCGGACCUGUCGGCAGAGCCGGAGGCCAGCUCUGCCCUCGGCUCUGCCGCAGCUUUGCCGGAGAAGGGCCUUAACAGAUGUUGCCGCCUGAUGUAGGCUGUUUCCGAGCAAACGCUUUAAUGGCAUCAAAUCAAGCUGUCGACAGCAGCAAGGUUACGGCCCUUCCCGGGAGGGGGAGGCAGCCGCAGCCGCGUCCCGGGGGCCCUGCACGCUCGCUCCCCCCGCCACGUCCCUGCCGGACGUGCUAUCCUGGCCGCAAAGAAGUUUCCAGCCCGGCUCCUGCUGCCCCCGCGAUGGGAAUCGAUACGGGGCCGUCGGCGUACAGCUGCAGCCGGACGCCUGCCCUCGGUGGUCCGGCAAAGCCGUCACAGCUGCAGCCGGGGCUCACGGUGUGGGUCCCUGGGAAGGGGUCCGCAGGGCAUCCGUCGGAGAAGGCAGGGACUCGGGGCCAUCGUGGUGCCCAAAGCCAGUGCGACCCCGUCCCCGUAACGCAUAGAGCCGCACUCGCCUCCGGCUACGGCCACCCCGGAGCAUCCGUCACCCUUCGGGGACGCGCAAGGACCCGCUGCACCUCCCAGCACCGGUGCAUGACCCGGGACCAUGCUGUGGUGCACGAGGCCACGCUGCAGCGCACGGGGCUGACGCGGUGCCCGGGGCUGACGCGGUGCCCGGGGCUGAUGCCGGGAGCCGAGCCGGGGCACCGCGCGGCACUGCCAGGCCGGCGCAGCCCCGUCCCUGCAGACGCCCGCUCGCACGGUGGCUCGCAGCCUGCCUGCUGCUCGGGAGGAUUUGUGCUGCGUGGCUGGGUUUGGUGUUAUUUUCCUCGCCCCCCACCCCCCACUCCAUCCCUCCUUCCUUCCUUGUUUUCUCCCCUUCCCUCCCCCUUCCCCUUGGCCGGCAGGGACACGGCAGGGCCAAAUCCGGAACCCUCUGAAGGCAGCCCAGGACUUUCCAUGGCAGGGGACCCUCGCUGCUGCUCAUCCCACGGGGCCGGAUCCAGCACCCCCCCAGCCCGGCUGCUCCCUCGCCUUCGCUGCUGCGCCAUCAACAAGGACUCAACGUCUAAAAAUAGCAGCGCGCUCUCGCAAGGGGAUGCUUCGCCAUCGGAGCAGAGCUGGCACCGUGGACCCCCCCCCCCCCCCCCCCCAGCUCCCCAUCCCAAAACCCCUGCACCAAAUCCCCUCCCAGCCCUCUCCCCCCCACCCACCCAUGGGUGCAGCCCCACACGGCGAGGCGGCAUCGGGGUGGGGGGGGAGCAAAGGGGUAGGACACCCCCCCCAGCCUCCCUUGGUGGUUCUUGGGGCGGCAGGGGGGGAAAUGAGCGCCUAUCAAGGAGCGUCAGCCUUGAAUUUGUUUAAUUGUGAGCUGGUGGAGUUUAAAGAAACCCUUUCUGGCCGGCUGCCACACCGCAAACUGCUCCGGAGAAUUUGAUUAUUAAGGGAGGAGAGAAAAGGGGAGGUUGCGGGGAGGGGGGGUGGUUGGGGUGUAUGGGACAGCCCGGGAAAAGGCAUCCUGCCACAGGAGCUGGGAAUGAGAGGAACUGGGGGGGAUAGACAGACAGACGGACCCCCCCAGCAGUGCAGAGGGACCCACAGGACUCUCCCAGGGCAGGGUCAAACCCUCCAGGCGGUUGUGAAGCUGCCGCUGUCCGUCUGUCCCGGCACCCCACGGAUGCCCCUGUGGUGCCCGGCAGUGGGUGAUGGCACCCAGUUCCGAGGGGGUGGGCACCCCCCUGUAAAUGCACCCCCCCUUCAAUGCACCCUCUAGUGCCCCCCAUUAAUGCACCCUCUCUCCAGUGCACCCCGCUAAUGCACCCUUUCUCCAAUGAACCCCUUUAAUGCACCCUUCUCCCAGCAAACCCCUUUAAUACCCCCUCUCUCCAAUGCACCCCAUUAACACACCCUCUCCCCAAUCACACCCCCCCACACACAUCAGCACCACCAUCUCCCGCAACGCCAACGCUCCAUCCCAGUGCAGCGACUGGGGCGGAGGGGGUGGGAUGGUACCCACAUAGGCAGACCCCAGCCCCCCGCUUCCCCCCCAUCACUGCGUUGUCAUCGUUGUUGUUGUCUUCCCCCCCCCCCGCGCCCCGAUUUCGGCGCUCAGCCGACCGGAGCAGCUGUUCCCUGCACACUUCACUUGCCCGCAGAUGAUGAUAAAUGGAGCUGGGGCUGCGCCGCCCAUUGCGCGAGGGUGGGCGGAUGCGGGUAGCGAGGAGGAGGAGGAGGGAUGGGGUCCCCAUCUCCUGCAGCCCCCCCAGAUCGUGCUGCUCCUCCCAUCCAGCUGCUGGGGAAUUCCCUGGGCAGGUCCCCCCCCCCUCCAAACCCCCCAGACCUGCCCACGGAAUUCCCAUCGCAAUGGGGUGCAUCCCCAUCAACAGCUCAGUGCCCCAUUUGGGGGGCACAGUCCUUCAUUCCUGGCCUCCCCCCCCCCCCCCGCUCUGCUCCUCCCCAGCAAGGAAUUUUACUUGGGGAAAAAAAACAUCGCCUGCGAACCGCACUCAUGACUCAACGUUUCUGCUGGCCCUGGUUUCUCCGUCGCUUGCCAGGGGAAGCCCGUGGCCUCCCCAACCUCAUCCCCUCGCAUGGAAAUCCGGCUCAUCCGCCAGCUCCAUCCUCUCUCCCCUUGGUUUUUCCUCCUUUAUUUUGGGGGUGGGUGGGGGGUUGGGUCCCUGAUGUCAGGGCUGGGAGGUUGGCAGAGGGUUGGGCUGGGGAGGAUGGGGGAGGCUAUGAGAGCUGGAGCAAGUUGGUGCGUUUCUUCUUGCUGCUGGAAAAUGCCAGCUGGCAAGGAAGGAUUUGAAAAGGAAAGGGGGGAAAAAAAAAGAAAAAGGAAGAAAAAAAAAGAAAAAGGAAGAAAAAAAAAAGAAAAAGGAAGAAAAAAAAGAAACAGGAAAAAAGAAAAAAGAGAAAAAAGAAAAAAAAAAAAAAAAAAGGAAAAAAAAGAAAAAAAAAGAAAAAAAAGAAAAAAGGAAAAAAAGAAAAAAG